AUGCUUAAAUCAGCGAUAUCUACUUCUGCAAGUAAUAUCUCUAUUAGUGCUCCAGACUUGACUCUUACAUGGCCUUCGCCUUUACCACCUUUAUUUGCAAAUUGUUCCCAGAGUUUCAUUGUCAAAGCUUCUAAAACAGACAAUGUUUUGAUCAGUGGCGAUAUGGGCGAUGAUUCAGUUGAAGAAAUCGUAAAUGUUAUGGAAAUUCCAGAUAAUUUUGGUGUCAAACAAUUGUUUGCAAGGCUUACAAUAGCAGGUAUCGAGAACAAACUUGAGAGCGAACCAAAUGAAGAAGAAAAACAAAGAUGUAUCAAAUUAUCAAUUGAAUCCGGAAUAAUUUGCAAAUUCACAAGUUACAUUGGUGUUGAUCUUGAAUCUCACGAAAAUAUUAAUGAUGAUUGGAAUAGUACGGAUUAUUCUGAUGAUGAUGACUGUUACUGUGGAGGAGGUAAAAUUCAAUAUUUUAUUAAUCACGUUGAUCACUGUGCUUCCUGUGCUCUUGAUGAUGAAGAAAUAAUUCCAUAUGAAUGUGCUUCCUGUGCUCUUGAUGAUGAAGAAAUAAUUCCAUAUGAAUGUGCUAACUGUUAUUCUGAAGGAGAGAUGGAAUAUGAAGAAUCUUCAAAGAGAAGAGAAGUUGAAGAAGCAGCAGAACCUGCAAGAAGAAGAUUGAUGGAAGAAGCUGCAAGGAGAAAUACUUCUAAAUCUUCUGAUUCUACUAUUUCCGAGAAUAUUCAGUCUCAAAAUGUUGAUGGUUCUUGGGAUGAUUUCCCUGGUGUUAAUAAGGAAAUCGAAAAGAAAUAUGGAAAGGUUGUUGCGGCUACACUUGCUGCAAUUGUUUACAUCAUGAAGAAUUACGGUUCUGAAGGAAAGUAUUCACUCAUCAUCAUGAAGGCAAAGAACUUCUUGAAAUCAAAGUUCAAUGAUGUUGAUUGGGAUUCAAUAAUCAACAAAAUGUGA